AAUUAAUCUUCUAUUUAUGGUAAUGUAUUUCCAAGUAAUGAGUAGAAACAAUAUUAGAGAGCAUAGACAUGUCUUUAACUGGGAAAGUGGAGAGUGAAACAGACAUAGAAGCAACUGCUGCUAAGUUCUAUAAUGUUUUUAGAAAGCAACUUGAACAUCUUCCUAAUAUAUCCCCAGAUAUACAUGGAAAUAGUGUGCAUGAAGGUGACUGGGAAAAUAUUGGUUCUGUCAAACACUGGGAAUUUACAAUAGAAGGAAAAAAAGUAAGUGCUAAAGAAAAAAUUGAGGCUGUAGAUGAUGAGAAUAAAACACUAACAUAUAGCAUAUUUGAUGGGGAAGUGGGUGAGGAUUAUAAGAGUUUUAAGGGAACAAUACAAGUGAUUGAUAAGGAACAUGGUGGUGGGAUUGUGAAAUGGACCUUUGAAUAUGAGAAGAUAAAGGAGGAUAUUACAGGUGCAUCUCCUGAAUCAUACUUGGCCUUGGCUGAAAAGGUGACAAAAGAUAUUGAUGCUCAUCUUGUCAAAGAAUAGCAACAAAGAUGAGGAUGAAAUGUGUUUGGUUUGAGUGUGUUUUGCUUGUCAAAUAAACUUUUGGAUGAAUGUCAACUGAAUGCUUGUAAAAUGUUUGUGUUUGUAAAAUGUUUCAUUUAAAUAAAAGAUUGUUGAGAAAA